AUGGAUAAAAAGAGGUCUUUUAACGUUUUAGCAACACCUGCUACUGGGAAAUUGAACCCAAGUAAUCGUAAUAAGACCAAAGACGCCAAAGGAGAUGGUGAUACCUCACAGAGUACAUCAAGAACACAGUACUUUAAAAGAGAAUUUUAUACUGGUGAGAUAAAACAAUUAAGUGAGAAAGAAGUAAAGAAGUUGAAGGAAGACCUGGAUAGUUCUGGUUCAUCAGAAACUUUUCAAUGCGUCCACGGACCCGAAGGAAAACAGUAUACUGAAGAGGAAAUUUUAAAGAGAUAUUUAACUAAAAAAAUUGAUCCUAUUUCAAUCGACCACUCAUGGAUAGAUCCGUGCCCGGUCACACUCGGAUGGGAAGUUGCUCAGACUUUAGUGUUUAUGGUAAAAGAUCCAAUUGCUGUUCAACAGUUAGAUCGCAUGCAAAGCUAUUUGAGAGAUUUUGCGAGAAUCGCAGAAUUCGGAUAUAAAGUUGGUGUUUUGGACGAUCUAUGUUUAAUAUUGGAUUACUUCGUUGAAAAGAUGUCUCCCAAAUAUCUGCUAAGAGAAGAAAUAAUUAAAUUAUUGCGUUGUAUGGAAAAGCCCAUUUUAUUAAAUGCUACGUCAGAUGUUGUUACUUAUUUCCAGUCUUUAACGAACUACAUCAAUUUUAUUGGUUACCUUCUUGUGCGUUUAGAAGAAGACGAUAUUUUUGAUGUGGUCUCGAAAGCGCUGAUCUGGCAUCUAUCAUAUCCAGAUUCCCAACGUAAACAAGGCCACGUCAAACUAAGCCACACAUUUGCGGCUGCGACUGGACUUUGUGAAACUGUCGUCAAAAUGUUGUCAUUGUCCACAACUCGCCGUUUUCCGUCAUUUUUGGAGACUGCGCUUUUACUUGCUUGCAACAAUGUCGACAUAUGUGUAACAAUGAUGAAGAGUAAUAUAAUAGAAAAUAUAUUUUAUCGUUUUAAUCCCUAUUUUCCUGACAGAGAUUUGCCAAUAUAUGAUACCAAUCCAGCAGAUCCUCAAGACUUUAGAGUAGUACUCGGUGCUAGUAGUAUAAACUUGUCUACUACGCUCUCUUUACUUUUGGUGUUAUUAAAAACGACAAAAGAUAUAACGAACGUGGAUCCUGAAUUCUGUACGACACUUCCAUGUCCUGAUUCAUACAGCCAGAGAUGCUUCGCCUGGGCGUACCGAUAUGAAUGUCGAGCGAGAGAUCAUCGUCACGAAAGAAUAACAUUAACCAUCAUCGGUUCUUGUCUUCUUCAUACUUUCGGCGAACGAUUGACUGAAUUAAGCAACGCUUUAAUGCCGGAUGUGAUAUCGUUGUCAGUCCGGACGGAAAUACCGGCAAGACUUGAUUGGACGGGAUCCAUUAAUUUCAAUACGAGUCAACUGGAUGUGCGUUUUAAGCAAGUUUUAAUAUAUUUAAGCGUGGAUUUUUUUAAAACAUUUCCCCAUAAUAGAUUUCAUAUGGAAUCACGACAUUGGCUCCUGGGUCUUAUGUAUUUACUCGAUCCAGUCCUUUGCAAGCUGAGAGCCCGCUGGUCACCGGCACUAUAUGCCGAUUUGAGAAAAACAACGUUUAAAGCUUUAAUUUGCACUCUGCCGAUAGCUUCAAUACGUCUAAUACAAGAUUAUGGGUUAAUAAGAAGAUUAAUGUGGUACAUUGAAUGGUAUUCUGAGAGUCCGUACGAUUUAUCCAUACUUUACUGGUGUCUUAGAGUACUGCAGGUCGCUAUUAGUCGAAGAAAUACUCAACUCCGACAAUAUAUGUUGAAAGAUUUGUUCGACAGUCAUGGUAUUAUUAUAAUUAUACGUCUCUGUCACACCUUGCUUGAUCAAAAACCUCUACCGGUCGAAAAGAGUCAAGUGAUCUUAUGCGUAUGUUUAAGACUUCUAACAAGUUGCACUGAAGUUAAUUCUAGUUUACAAUGCCGCGUGUAUCCGUCUAUCCAAUGGCCAAACUCCGUACAAACUCUUUCUACAAGGAUGCUAAAUGUGGUACUUAGCUCCUUGCAAGUAAAUUUGAUUGUAAAUGAAAGAUGGAUGAUAUCCUUACUUAACUUUUUAUGGGAAUCAAUCAUUUGGAACGAUACAUAUAGAUCAAGAUUUGUAGCAGAUGAUGGAGUUUACAAGCUUUUGGAUAUGGUUUCUUUGACUACGCGUCCUGUUCAAUGUCUUGCCCUUGCACUUCUAUGCGACGUCGCGCGCGCCGGCGAGGCAGUCGGACAGAUUGUCACGUGGCGUGCAAGUUCUGCUGCUUCUUAUAUUAUACCAAACUUGGUAAGGAGAGGCGCCACAAUCGCGAACUUACUAGCAGCUAUUUUUCGAGAUGAAUGUCACGCGAAUGCAAUUCUAUUAAGCGAUUUAGGUGUGAUUCAAAAUUUAGAUUGCCCAUUGAUGCGUUCGGAGAUUAGAGAACAAAUAUAUUGUUCACGUCCUGAACAAUAUAUUCGUGGGAAUAUCUUGUGCCUACCUGCAGCUGAUUUAGCGGGAUCUCGAUUAUCAAAGGUGUUUGCUAUUCUUCAUAUGCUUUCGAAAGAUUUAGCCUUUAAAGUAUCGCUUGCCGAUGAGACUUACAACCUGUACAAGAAUAUCAAGUUGCCGCCGCAAGACGAGGCAACACUAAUUUUGUGUUCACAUUAUUUAACAUUGAAACUUAACGAAACAUGGAUUGAGACAAAAAUUUUAAGCCCACCUUUGUUACCGCAAGGCGCUGAAACUCUGAAAGAAUUAGUGGAGAUAGCGCACGGGUGGGCAAAAGAAAUAAAACAAAUGCAAGAAGAAAUAUUCAUAAAAAGUAAAAGAGAGGAUUACUCAGUUGAAUGUUCUUUCUACGAGUUCCUUAGCCGGGCGCGGCUGAACAUUGCACUGGACGCAUUACGUGAAGUUCGUUGUAUGGCGCGCGCAUCCGAUCGUUUGCAGAUAUCACACGAUCUACUGCACGACGCUGUCAUGGCGCAGAAGCUUAGACAUGAUCUAGCGCACAGUCUGAACACAGAAAUAAAGAAGACAUACAUCGCCCCAUUAGAUGCACAGAAUACAAUUGGGCAACAUGUAAAAGUUACAAGCAUAAAACCGAAGCAAAUAGAACCUAAAGAUCUAUGUAUUUGCCAUGUAUGUAGCGAAGUUCAUUGUCUACAUAAGCAAUUUUAG